AUGGACAUCUGGGGUGGCUUUGGGACACCCAUGGACACCUUUGGGUCCCGCCCCUCCCCCAAUAAAGCUGCGGCACCCCCGGCACUGAGAGAGUCCAGCCUGGGGGGAGGGGCGGGAGUGACCAAUCGUCCAGCCCAACCCAACCUGACGGUGGCGCCCUCCAGCGUCACCGUGGAAGGGCAGCCCCUGGUCUUCUUCUGCGCGGCCCCGCCCGGCGCCGCCGAGCGCAGAUUUGGGUUCUUCCAGGAGGAGCUGGAGGUCACGGAUGGGAUCUGGGAAGGUUCCGGAGCCGGCGGCGCCCGGCUGCGGGUGGAGAAGAGCGACCGGAACCGGACCGGGAACUUCAGCUGCCGCUACGAGGAGAUGACCGAGGGCCGCUGGAUCGCCUCCUACCGCAGCGACGCCGUCCUGGUCAUCGUCAAAGGUCCAUGCCCGGCCCCUCUGCUCUCGGUGGAGCCGCCCUCGGGCGUGGUGGCCGCGGGCCAGCGCCUGCGCCUGACCUGCGCCGCGCCUCGGCGCCGCUUCCGCCGCCGCUUCCGCUUCUUCCACGACGGCGCCGAGCUGGUGCCGAGCGCCGAUGACGUCAUCGGUGACGUCACCGAGGAGGGGGCGGAGCUGCUCUUCCUGCGGAUCUCCCCGGAAAUGUCCGGGAAUUUCAGCUGCCGGCUGGAGGAGGAGGUGGGCGGGGCCUGGCUGGAGGCCCCGCCCAGCCGGGGCGUGGCCGUGGUGGUCUGGGGUAGGUGGGGGAUUUUGGGGCGAAAAGCGGUGGAUUUGGGAAAACGGGGUCGGGAGGUGGGCGGGAGGGCAGGCGCCAUCUUGGCAUUCAUUGGGUGGCCGUGCCCACACAAGUGGCCACACCCACCCGUCUAACCACACCCAGACAAUGGCCACGCCCAGCCAUUGACCACACCAGUUGGCCACGCCCAUCAUGAUGGCCACACCCACUCAAAUGAUCAUCACCCAAAAUGGCCACGCCCAUGAAGAUGGCCACACCCACUCCAAUGACCAC